AUGGCACAACGUACAGCAUCACAACUCUAUUUUGAUUUAAUUCGUCUGUUUAAACAAUGGCCAAUUGAUAAAUCUAAAACAGGUCGUGAUCUUGGUGAAUGUUUACGACAACAAUUUUCUCAAGCAUUUAUUCUAGGUGAAAAUUCUCAAGUAGAUUGUAAUGAAUGGAAUCGUUUUUAUGAUAAUAUGAAAUUAUUAAUAUCUAAUGAUAUUAAAAAUCAUUAUAAACGUGAACGUAAUUGGACAGCAUCUGGUUUAAGUCGUGAACAUUUACAUUUUUUACUUUCAAAUAAAAGUCUUCAAGCUAAUAAAGAUUUUAUGAAAAAAAUGAAAUAA